AUGAGGCCUUAUACUGUGCAGGGUGAGGUGGAAGACGUUGGUCAGACACUCCCGGCUGGAACAUAGAACACAUCUCAUGACACCACAUGACUGCACACAGCAGCGGCAGCGGCACACUGUGUCAUCUCCUCAGCAGUUUAUCCUCAGAUCACUUUUUAUUUUCUCAGACGACGAAAAUAUUUUCUGUUUUGUCACUUGGUAAACUGCUGAUGGAAAGUUCUCGGGAGUUCAUAGAUAAAGAGACCGGCACCUCAAAGUCACCCUUUGUGUACAACCCUGUGAAGGAGCCCCAAUACUUCUCACAGCUGAGGGUUUGUUACAAUUGUAUCCAAUCCUCUAUGAGCUAACACUUCAGCAGCACAGCUUUCUUCUGGCCUGCACUGAAAGUGACAAUGUAUCAGUCUGGAGUCUAUAUUGAUUUGUCUAGAUUGGAUUCAAUUGUAGCAAAGCCUCAGCUAUGAAAAGCUACAUACACACACACACACACACAUAUCAAAAAUGCUUGGGUGCUCAGGACCCUUUAAGUCAUCCUGGGACUUAUGGUUCCACCGCUGACGACCCAUAUUUUUACCCUAGUUCUGCACUCUUGACAUGAGCUGAAUACAGGAUGUAAAGUCACGGGUGUGACUGUGUUGUUUCCCAUCCCCUCCUUUAUUUGGGAGGUCCAGAUUCGCAGGCCCUGUCACCCCUCCAGGGGCGGUACCUUACCCGGCCACUUACCAACUGCGUGCGUCACUGGGACAAUUGCUAUAGGUAACAAGUCCCUUAUCAAUGCACCUCUAAAGAGAGGGAGUGAACAAGGAAAAUAACCUGCACUAGGUCAGACUUCCAGACAGACAGGUUGGGCGAGAUUCCGUCAGCUGCACUGGGCCAGAUUAGACAGCCUGAAAAACUGUCCGUAAGCUAACAGGCAUUCAUAAGGAGAGAGACACUCUGCGAAAGCAGGAGCCCCGUGAGAAGAGAGCGGCCAAAAAUACUGCAAAAAAUAAUGUAACCUCCAUUCCCAGUGAUACCAGAAGAUCUCUAAUGACUGCAUCUUACAAUGGAGGAUGAACCCCAAACUGCCACGCUUGAGGUUGAUGAAGUCUCAGAGUGUGUGAUCUGCUUCACGUCAUAUGACACUCUCUUUCAUCUUCCCAAGGUCCUCUCCUGCGGCCAUGUCUUCUGCUUGGAAUGUCUGUCUAGAAUCACAGUGGGAUCAACAGAGCCACAAUCUCUUCCUUGCCCAAUAUGUCGGGUGCCAACCUCAGUUCCACCAAAGAAGGGUCCUCCUGCACUGUCUACCGACAAAGACUUGCUAAGAAGUCUCAGCACUUCAAUAACUUGCCCAGCCCCCUCCUUGAGAUUUAGCCGAAAAAAGGGCCGUUUGUAUGUGCCCCAAAAUAACAAUCUCAACAUUAGCUCUGUCAGCCUGAGUGUAGACCUCGGGCGCCCACCACCGGACCCACAUUCUGCUCGAGGACUGUGCCAACUGAUGAGAUCAGGAGGUUGUGUCUUCUACGGCUCAAUUGUUUUAAUUGUGGUCCUAACGGUGGCCUUGAUCCUGGCUGGAGUCUAUAUUUUCUACCUACUUCCUUGGCGUUACAAUAAUGCUUUAGGCUCACAGCCUGGUGGCUUCAACGAAACCUACACUCCAAAUGUCACAACCGACAUCCGACCAUAGCAAGUUUAAUACAAUGACCUAUCGAAAGCCUCGAGCCUUCACUAAUGAGUACAUUUUCUGUUGAUCAGAGGUAUAUGACUCUUCUCCAUGGACUUUGAGAACAAAACUUGCGCUCUUCAUGGUUUCACAAUAUGGGAGGAGGUGCAACAUUUUUGAAAAAAGGAAUGCUGGCUAUUUUAUGUGGAGUCUUCUUCACACCUCAGGUCUGUUGAUGUAUCACCAGAGAUGAUCUCUUCCUUCUUGCACUGUUGAUUAAUUUCAAAAUCCUAUAAUUAGUAAAUGAUUAUAUAAAACGUUUCAGGCAUUCCAUUGUGUUGUAAGGACUGAACAGUACUGUAACCAGGCCAGGUAUAAGCCAUAGCGCUCCCUGCUCUGAGACAGGCUCUCUUAAAUUAACCUCCUCCUUGAUGAAGAAUUACUGCUUUAAAUUAUGUCCAACAUGGAUUUAUUUAGGAUCUAAAUCUGAAUACUAAUUACAGGCUUUGGAACCUCCUUGUGGAGCAUGAAGAACUGUUGCCAUUAUAGAGUUGGCUUUUGGUGAAAACCAUUUGUAGUGAUAUGACGCUUGUAUGACUUGCUGCUAGGACCAUCAUGAUCUAGAAUUGUCUGGGGAUUACCAUUGUUCCAUGCAAGUUGCAGCAAAUACAAACUUAAGAGGAAAGGAGGCCCCGUUCUGGUUUAUAUGAUGGGACACAAGGGCA